AGGCCAGCGCGCGGGAGAUUCCUAUGUCAUGGAAACGAUAGAAUCCUUGGUGCAAGAACGGGUCGUUCAACUUCGAGCAGUUGCACAGCACAGAAAUGAGCUCCUCCGACAAAUGUAUUAUAUGAUGCGCCAGCGACACCGAGCAGGGUCUAUCAUGGAUGAGCUUGACCAGGUGGAAGAUGAUACAGAUGGUCUACAUGAGUUUAUGGACAGGUUCGACUUGGACAAGAAGUGCGUGGGGAGUUCUGUUGCAGCACGGUGCGCUGAAACACGUCCUUUCCCAGUCCUGAAUCCGGCAUGGUGUCCAAUCUCUCGGAAGACGAUCUAUUCGUUCCUUUCCUGCUUCCAUCAGAUACGGAACAAGACGCCAGUGGUGAUGACGAUGUCGAUGUCGAUUCUCCAAUGUCAGAACCUCCAGCAUCACCUCGUCCGAGGUCACUCAUGGAAGUCGACGAGCCUGAAGUCGAGAUGGUGUCUAUGACAGUUUCACCUCCACCAACAACUCCUUCUAGCGUGUCUCGUAAGCGACCCAUGGAGGAAGAGGAGGAGGAAGAAGCCGAAGAGGAGGAAGAGGAAGAAGAGGAAGAGGAAUAUCGACC